AUGUCAGCAGAUAUUCUUCAGUUUUUGAAGAACAAAUUCAUGGAUGAAUUGGAAGAAGCAGAGGAGGAACACCCUCCACCUCAUGACAUCCCCCUCCAUUCUUAUUUUCUACAAAUUCGAGAGGUUCUGAAAGCUAAAAGCAUCAAGCCGUCGACAGGAAUGAAGGAUUGUCUUUACGACCUCAGCAUUGCAUUGUCCGACUGCAUCCUCUUCCUGGAGAAGCGCAAAAUGAAAAUCAACAAGGAUUCCUCACAAGGGCAAGAGCAAGAGCAAGGGCAAGGGCAAGAGCAAGGGCAAGGGCAAGGCCACUACUCUCUGCCUGAGCUAUGGUUUCUGUGCAAAACAAAAAGGAAGCUGAUUCACAUCAAGAAAAAGCUGUUUGUUGCUACAAGCCACCCGGUAGUACCAGAGCAGACUUCCCUUUCUGCCGUCACGGAUGUAGCCACAACUUCUUCUUCUUCUGGCUCUUUAUCAAUUGAUGGACCAACGAUACACAGUUAUUACUUUGGAGACCAAUUAGAAAAUAUAGAAAAAUUGGUUCUGGGUACAAGUGAAUUGGAUGGAGAAGGAUUUAGUAAGGAAAUUGGAAUUGUGGGGAUUGGGGGUUGCGGUAAGACCCUUCUGGCCCGAACAGUUUUCGACUACAGUCGUAUCGUCCAUGUCUCUAAGUGCUCCAAAAUUUGGAUCAACUUACAAGCGAUACAGAAAGGAGAAAUAGAUUUUAAGAAGAUUCUCAAGGCUAUGCUGAAGCAGUGUGAUGGUGGGCAAAGAGAUAGUGUGGAGGUGGAGGAGGAGGAGCUAUUGGAGGCCCUCUGCAAAGCAUUGUGGAGUAAGAGUUAUUUAUUAGUGUUUGAUGGAAUUUGGGAUAUCAAGCUGGACUGGUACUUCAGGUUAAAGGAGAGACUCCAGUGGUGUAACAAAUCAAAUCAGAGUAGAGUCAUCAUCAUUACAACCAGACUCCAUGGUGUGGCUAAGAGGAUGGUUGGGCCCAAUAAUUUAUAUCGUAUGCAGCCCUUUUCCAAUCAGGAUAUUUGGCAACUCAUUAUUAAUAGGAAUCUAGAUUUGCUUCCAAUGGGGCAUCCCACUAUGGUGAAAAUGAAGGAUGAAAUGAUAUACCAUUCUCAUGGUCUCCCGUUAGCUGCAACAACGUUCUUCACAAUUAUGGAGAACCGAGUCUAUGGAGGGGAGUAA